AUGGCUCCUCAUAUCGAAGACCUGCGCAAAGUCGCAUUCGAUGCCGAGAAAGAUCUGAACUCCUAUCAGGCCAAGCAAGGCCUUGCUCUCGAGUCAGGCGUCGAUGAGAUGGCAAACCAGCGCUUCGCUGAUGCUGGUGCCAGUGUGAAGUACGGCCCUGGUGCUACUGCUUCAGGCAGUGAUCACCGUAAGAUUCCUGAGGAUGAGGGUGGUACUCGCGAUGACCGGGGCAGACUCCCAACUGCCGGUCAGUUCAAGGGCACCGGUGGUCCUGAGGAUAAUGUGAAGAUUGAAUCUGAGAACCGACUGGGUGAUCAGGAUUCCUUGAACUUGCAAGAUAUGAAAAAGCGGGGUAUCGCGAAUUAA